AUGGGACGAGCUUCUCAUGCUGUACAUGAGGUGGGAGAGGGUCAGGAACAUUUAGCAAGAAAGUAAACAGGAAGACGGAAGCGUCCCUGGCUCUGUGUGUGUUUAGAUGCCACUGCCUACAGUCCAAACUCAGAUCUGUCGAUAGUCGCUCACUGGUCAAAGAUUGACAUCGGCUGCACUGUCCAAGAUGGAUUUGAAAACUAUCCUCUGCACAAUGAUGGUUUGUUGCUGUGUGUGGCUGGGUUUAGUUCACUCAGAUCCCAGGGUGUGUUUAGAAGCCAAUGCAAAAUCAUGUGAGGAAUGUAUACAAGUUGAUCAAAAUUGCGGAUGGUGUUCACAAGUUGAAUUCUUGCGGAGUGGGGAAUUACCAAUGACACGUUGUGAUAAUAUUGAAUCAUUAAAAAGAAGAGGAUGUCCGAUGGAACAUAUUGAAAAUCCUAAAGGUUCUGUGAGAAUUAUUCAUGAUAGAAAUCUGACCAGUGGGAAGAAGGGGAAUUCCAAAGAUGCCAUACAGAUUCGACCGCAGAAGCUUACUGUGAAAUUACGACCAGGUAAGCCUCAAACCUUCUCACUGCAGUUUCAGAGAGCUGAAGACUAUCCCAUUGAUCUUUACUAUCUGGUGGACCUCUCCCUUUCUCGGCAGGAUGACUUGGAAAACAUGAAAAGGUUGGGAAUUGAGUUGAACAGAAAAUUGCGGGAGAUAACUUCUGCUUUCAGGAUUGGGCUUGGUAUCUUGCAGAAAACUCCUUGUACAGCUGGAGAAACCUGUAGAAGUCAAUUCAGCUUCAAGAAUAUUCUACCACUGACCUCUGAUGGAGUUAUGUUCAGCACACUGAUAAACAGCCAGACUAUCAUUGCAAGUCAGAAUUCUUCAGGAGAUGCAGUUGACGCAAUAAUGCAGGCUGCAGUCUGUGGGGAUAUAAUUGGUUGGAGAUCUGUCACAAAAAUGCUUGUCUACUACAGUAAUACAGGACUUCACUUUGCUGGAGAUGGUGAAGUCAGCAGUUUGUUGCCCAAUGAUGGUAAAUGCCAUAUUGAUAGUCAAGGUGUAUAUACAUUGAAUCAUCAACAAGAUCAUCCAUCCAUUUCUCAAUUGGCCCAAAAGCUUGCAGACAAUGACAUCCGGCUUUUUUUUGCUGUUAAAGAAGAGUUCAAAGACAUUUACAAGAUGUUUCAUGAUUCAAUUCCAAAAUCUGAAGUGGGCAUUCUGACACUGAAUUCUAGUAAUAUAAUCAAGUUAAUCCUUGAUGCUUAUCAUGAUUUGUCCUUUGAUGUGAUCUUGGAGAACAGCUUGUUGCCAGAAGGAGUGACAAUACAUUAUACAGCCUACUGUAACAACAAUACUGUACAUACAGGGGAACACGGCACCAAGUGUUUAGGGAUUCACAUUGGUGAUAAGGUGAACUUUGACAUACGUAUCACAGCAAAGAAAUGCCCAAAUGAUGGGCAGAAAUCAACUAUUCAGCUCAAGCCAUUGGGUUUUAAUGAGAAAGUGGAAAUCACUCUGAAGUUUUUAUGUGAAUGUAAGUGCCAAAGGCAGGGAAUCACAAAACAUCCAGAUUGUAACGAGGGGAAUGGAAAAAUGGAAUGUGGAGCCUGUAAAUGCGAUAGAGGAUGGAUUGGUCGAUUUUGUGAAUGCAACGUUGAUGAAGUAUACAGUGAGGAUAUGCAUGCCUCAUGUCGAAAAGAUAAUGCGUCUCCAAUUUGCAGUGGUAAUGGAUAUUGUAUCUGUGGGCAAUGUGUCUGCAAAAAGAGAGAAAAUCCCAAUGAGCUCAUCUCAGGCAGAUAUUGCGAAUGUGAUAACUUCAGUUGUGACCGAUCCAAUGGACUGAUCUGUGGAGGAAAUGGCAUUUGUCAUUGUGGAAAAUGUGAGUGCUUACCCACAUUUACAGGCAGCGCUUGUGAUUGUCCAUUAGAUGUGCAUUCAUGUAAAUCAACAAAUGGACAGAUAUGUAAUAACAGAGGAAUAUGUGAAUGUGGUCGGUGCAAAUGCGCCGACAGGUUCAUGGGCCCAACGUGUGAGCUCUGUCCAACUUGUUCUGGUGUCUGUAUGGGCCUUAAUGAUUGUGUCCUGUGUAAAGCCUUCAACAAAGGACCUAAGAAAGAAACCUGCGAUCAGUGUGGGUUUGAAGUAACUCUGCUGGAUCAACCAGAUGAGUUGCCGCAAUCACGUUGCAUGUUCAUGGACCCAGACAUCGGCUACUUCUGCUUUUCGUAUCUUACUAAUGACCAGAAUGUCCCAGAAGUUCGUGUUGCCAAAACCCAAGAUUGGUGUUAAGUCUGGCGUACAAGGACAAUGAGCUGAGCUGAGCUGAGAUGAGCCUGCUUUGAAAUUGGGAAUCCUGAAUCAUUCCUCAACCAGUCUCUGAAUCAAGACUUCAUGAAAAGAAUAUUCAUUGUACAAAGACCUACAAUGAAAUCACACAUUUUUACUAGUGUGCCCUGUGUCUGCAACAACCAUUGUAAUGCAGUUUUCUUAAGAUACGGACUUAAAUUGUAGACAUGUAUUUCACAUGACUUUAAACUAUUUCUAAAGGGUAUUGCAUGAUAGAAAUUCUGCAUGAAAGAAAUUCUGCAUGAAAUACAGAUGACCCUUACAAAUUAAAAUUUAUAGCAGAAGUAAUAUUAUGUUGAAUGAUUAUAGCUACACUCAUGAACAAUAAAAUAAUUUUUCCUGA